AUGGGAGUCGAUCUUCUGCCAUCGGGGCAGGUACACACUAAAGCCGACCACCCUCCGGUGAACCCAGCUCUGGGCGUCCCGCUCUACUGCCUCUGCGGAGUCCUCGUGCUAUUCUGUAUCGGCCGCGCCUGCAUACAAUAUCACCAACGAUGCCGACUGAAAGAGGCCCUGCAGAAGAACGACCAAGCGCGAUUCGUCCGGCCCAACCCACUGGUCGCCAGCCUCAAGAAGCAUGUCUUCUACGCACCGCUGCUGUCCACGCGCCACGGCCGCGAAUUUCGACUGCUGGGCCGGUUUCACAUGGGCGCUCUACCGCUGCGACUUGAGACGGCUUUGUUGGCGGGAUACGUAGCGUUGAACCUCAUAUUCUUCAUCGCUCUCAUCGACUGGUGGCAGAUCUACAAGGAGAAGAUGUUCCAGCUUAAAUAUGCGGCGGGCCAUCUGGCUGUCAUAAACUCCCCAGCGCUGGUGCUGACCGCCGGCCGGAACAAUCCUCUAAUCUGGCUGCUGGGGGUGCCGUUCGAUACGUUCAACUUGUUGCACCGGUGGGUUGGACGGGUCAUGAUCGUCGGCGCAAUUGUACAUAUGAGUUGCGUGGUGGCGGGGGAAGCCAAAGAAAUGACCAUGGCUGAGGUCACGCAUAUGUUGUGGUCCAAACCAUUCUACAUAUGUGGAUUGAUUGCUCUUAUAUCGUUUGUCGUGAUCUUCUUCCAAUCGCUGUCUCCGGUACGCCACGCCUGGUACGAGGCGUUCCUGCAUUUCCACAUCAUAUUAGCGAUCUUGGCGUUCGUGGCGUUGUGGUAUCACCUGCAGAAUCUGGCCAUGCAGAAGGUCCUGCUGGUGACGUUGAUCUUAUGGGGGUUAGAUAGAGCCGGACGAUUCGGCAUCGUCAUCUGGCGCAAUUUCAGCAAACGCCGGACCACGGCAACUGUGGAGCUUCUUCCUGGCGACGUUGCCCGCGUUGACGUGGUCAUGGCGCGCUCGUGGACUUUCCGAGCUGGCCAGUACAUGUAUCUCUACAUCCCGUCGCUGGGACUAUGGACGUCCCAUCCGUUUUCAGUAGCAUGGACUUCGUCCGAGCCGGUGAGCACUGACGAAAAGCGCACUUCCGGAGACUCGUUCAGUGUGUUAUUGGACCCACCGGAGCGGACGACCAUGUCUUUCUUGAUCAAGCGACGUGAGGGAUUUACGAAUAAGUUGCUUGGGAAGGUUAACAAAGCGGAAGAGGGCCGGUUUAGCGCUACUGCGCUGGCUGAGGGGCCUUUCGGCGGACUGCAUUCCCUCUCCUCGUAUGGAACUGUUCUACUCAUAGCAGGCGGCAUCGGAAUCACGCACCCAAUGUCAUAUAUACACGAGUUCAUCAACGGCAUCGCAGCGCGAGCUAUCGCCGUCCGGCGCGUGAGCCUAGUCUGGGUUGUGCGAAGUCCAGAACAUCUAACCUGGAUACAACCCUGGAUGACCUUCCUCCUCAACCACCCCGUAAUCCAAGUCCCCACCGACCAAAAAGAGCACUCCUACUUCGAAUUCCUCGACCUCGACUUCACCCUCUCCAUCCACAUCUUCCUCACCACGAAAGACGCCUCCUCCUCCCUCGACGACGAAAAAGACAACACAUCCGACACAAGUCCCUGGGCGCAAGCCGUCCCGCCCACAGUGCCGCUCACCAUCACACUGGGAAAGCCUUGUUUCGGCGAGAUCGUGGAGGAUGAGACGGCGCAGCAGGUCGGCGCGAUGGCCGUUAGUGUUUGUGGGCCUGGUGGGAUGGGUGAUGAUGUGCGGAGGACGGUGAGGAGUAAGCAGGGGCAGUCGACGGUGGAUUUGUAUGAGGAGACGUUUUCGUGGUAG